UCAAUUUCGUCUAUGGUCUCUCUCUUUCCUUCAACAAACAAGCAUUCCACCCAUUUUUAUUGAAUUUCAUAUCGUUUGCAAAGAAUAAUUCACAGAGAUGACUUCGAAAAGUGAAAAAGAUCGCGCUAAACAAAUCCAGGAUCGAUGUCAGAACAUAUUAAUGCAGAUGUUAAAGGAUGAGGACAACAAAUAUUGUGUAGAUUGCGAUGCGAAAGGUCCCCGGUGGGCGUCAUGGAAUAUAGGUAUAUUCUUAUGCAUCAGGUGCGCGGGCAUCCAUCGGAACCUUGGCGUGCACAUCUCUAAAGUGAAGAGCGUUAAUUUGGACUCAUGGACUCCGGAGCAAGUGGUAUCUCUACAACAAAUGGGCAACUCCCGUGCGCGGGCAGUGUACGAGGCGAACCUGCCUGACUCGUUUCGACGACCGCAGAACGACUCCUCGCUAGAGGCUUUCAUUCGCGCCAAAUACGAGCAGAAGAAAUACAUCGCCAAAGAAUGGGUGCCACCGCCCACGCCCAAAGUCAACUGGGAUAAAGAGAUAGACGAAGAAAUGGAACGUCAGAAACGGAAAAAGAAGUCGUCGUCAGGUGUGGGUCCACUGCCUGCACCUACCAGCAGUGAUAAAAAAUAUAAUAAAUCCGAAGUUAUACCAAGCUUACCAAAACCGAAGUCAUCAGUGAGUCCGAAAUUAGGUAGAAGUACACCCACCCUUCAAGCUGAAACCAAGCCCUCAAAUGGCUCUGCAGACCUCCUCGGUUUAGACACAGGAAAACCAGACACCAAACCCUCAAAUGAUGAUAUUUUCUCCAGUUUCUUCUCUGCACCACAAGAGAAACCCGUGGAACCUAAACCUGAGGAAGUGAAGCCAGAUUUAAAAACGGAAGAGGAGAAUUUCUUCAAACAAGCUGCCCCAACGGAGAAGGAAAAAUCAAAACUAACUAAAGACAGUAUAUUAGCACUGUACAGUCAAACGCCAUCCACAAAUCUAGGCAACCAAUUCAAUCCUGUCCAACCUGUACAGCAAUCAUACCCUUUUGGAGGGGUGUACCCUCAGCAACCGUAUAACAAUAUGCCAGCACAAAAUGGUAUGCAAUUUAAUCAAUUCCAACCUAUGGGUAGUCAGUUCCAGCCACAGUUCGGCGCGCCGUUACAGCAACCGUUGCAAGGAACACAGAACUUUGGUCAAAAUAACCAGUUCUUCAACCAAUCGCAACAGCCUGCGCAACAGUUGCAGCAACAGUUUAGCGGGUUAAAUUUAGGGCAGAGUUUUCCUAAUGCGUUCGCGCAACCGAACGCGAACGUAGCAAGCAACACAUGGCAGUAAAAUAAUUUUGCUUUAUAGAUAUUUUUACAUAUAUUUCGUGAUCUGAAAUAGCAUGUUUGUUUGUUCGUGUAAUGAAUGGCAUUAAGUUGACAUUAACCAACGGCACAGUAUAAUAGCAUUAUUGUGUUUACCCACCAAUGAAUAUCAGUAAACAUUUUCUUAUCAGAUAUUAGAACACGUGUUAAAAACCGUGCCAUUAGUUUGUCUAUUUUUAUUGUCUGAAAUAGAUAUUCAUAUAGCUUUUAUUGUUGAUAUGAUUGUAAUAUAUUUUAUUGUUUUCUUUGUAUAUAAUUUGCUUUUUUAUAUUUUAAAUAAACCCGAUUGAAUUACGCUACGAACAAACAUGCGUCUUUCAAAGAUGCAUUUGAGACUUAUUUUCAAUUGAUCGUCAAAGAUUUUAUGAGCCGCGUUGGUAGAUAUGGCUCUGUGUUUCUGAGUGAGAUAAAGUUAGAGAUAGUGCUACCUUUGUAUUUAAGAUAUUGCUCGGAUUAGACAAUAUUUACAAUUCCUUAUUACAUAAUGCUUAUUAUUUAACAUAGAAUUGAAGAUAUUGUAUAAUUCAACGUCUUGAAGAAAAGUAGAAUCUGGCUUUAGCGUAUUUAAAACUAAAAAUGCUCAGAAACAUGAAAAUAUUACAAUAAAUGUGAUAUUUGUGUAAUUAUAUUAUUUUAUGAUAUAAAGAAAUAUGGCAAGGAUUUUGAAGUUUCUAUUGCCGGGCUGUACUCUAUAUUGAGUCUAUGGCUCAAGCAAUAAACAAUUAAUAUAAUAAUUUUAUUAAUACAUCCUUUUUUAUAUUUACUUAAAUUAAUAUUUAAAUUGUGUAUUGUGGAGUUUUUUUAUUUUUCAGUGUUACACUUCAAUUGAGAAAUAAUUUAGCACUUUUAUUAACACAAUUCUAAAUUCAUGCACAGACUAAAUUGUGUUCGUGAUUUGAUAUAUUUUAAUUGAAACUUCACGUUAAUGUUAAGUAGAUAAUUUUAUUUUAUUAAUGUGCGUAAUCUUAAGCUAGUUACAGACAAUUUGGCAUUCUAUUUUCAAUCUUACAAAAUUAAAAAAAAGAAAUAUGUAAUAAUGCAGAGCGUGGAAAAAUGGCGUAAUAAUAGCUUUUGUUUAGAAUUGGUGCAAGCCCAUUUACUUCUUACUAUUUCAAACAUAGAAUGGGUUAAUAUUAAAAAAAAAAAAGAAAAUACUGUAUUAUUUACAUAAUUAUUGUUAAAGAGUAUUGCCAUUGAAGCUAUGUUGGCGCCAUUUUGAAAGUAAAAUGGCGCCAAAAUUUCGUUUAUGCAAUUUUUUUUUUAUUGAUUGAUCUUAUUUGUGUAUCUGAGAAAAAUCUUGUUCUGGUAUUAUUAAAUAUGUUCCAUCAUUGAACUACAAUGGGGGGUCCACAGCACGAUCUGCGUUCGAAGUAACUAGAUGUACUACUGUAAAUAGAUAAAGUAAAAACCGAUGUCUCGUUAAUAUUAUUUUAAAAAACGUCCCAAUAAAUAACUGCUAAAUAAUUACUACCAUUUAACAUAAUUAUUAGAGAGUAAUUUGUAUUGAAAAUAUCUAAAUGUGCGGGGUUUGAACUAGUGCUUUCUCGUAUAUAGAUGACGGAACGUGUUUCUGAAUACUUAGUGCGCAACACAUUUCAAAUAGACUUACAAGCACUGCACAUGUGUCACCUGGACUGCAGCCCAGUUGAUUCCGACUCAACUUCGUUAGUUCGUUGCAUUGCUCUCAUUAAUGCUUAAAUGUACAUUACAGAAAAUAUAUAGUGAAAAUUUUCCAUGUCCCGUGUACUUAUCAUAAGCGCAAAGAAAACGACGUGUGUAUGUUGGGACUAAGAAUGAUUUUGUACUAUCACUACAUAUAAAACAGUCGUCCCGCUGUCUAUCUGUCCCUAUGUAUGCUUAGAUCUUUAAAACUACGCAGCGGAUUUUGAUGCGGUUUUUUUUUUUAAUAGAUAGAGAAAUUUAAGCAGGUUUAUAUGUAUAAUAUUAUAUAUGCAUAAUAUAAUAGAGAAAUACUGAUAAUUUUAGAGGUUUCUAAUGUAGUAAAUAAACAUUUUUUGCGGUUACAUUGCAAACGCAUGCUGAACGCUACAAGAUAGAUCAAAAUAUCCGUAAUGAUCAGCAUUUGUAUCCGUGCUAAACCGGAGCAGGUCACUAGUCAAAUAUAUAAAAUUAUAGCAAUUUAUAAAAGUAUUGAUGGAUUUUUAAUAUUUCUACAAUAACUUUUUACUCUGUUUUUUUUUCUGCUAAGUUUUGUACCCUUACAUUUUGUAGGUUUAUUAUUCUAUGCAUACGAUACCACGACCCUUAGGAAGUAAUAGCUCUAGUGUAUUAAAACUGAAUGACUCUGUACCUAGAGAGGAGCGCGUUCAAACCCCGCCCGCUUCGAAUUUUUCAAUUACAAAAAAAAAAAAUAUGUAAUAUUUUCAAUAAAUUAAUCAUAAUGAGUCUGUUUAUUAGACUUAUGUACAUAGGUAUUCAGCAAAAACGAUAUUGUAUAAGACUGUAUAACCCGUGUUGUAGUUGUUCGAUGUAUUUCAUAGUAGUUGGUUUGGUCGUGAAAGACUGAUGUCUUCGUGUUGUUUUAAACAGGGUGACCUAGUAACGUUCAGUAAUAAUUUGUCAAUUUCUCCCAUGAAAUAAAUGUUGCCACAGAACAAAAAUGUAGUGGAAAUUGGAUUUUUUUGUGCCCAUAUUUAGACGAUUUGUAUUUAAAAUAAAAAUAUUUUAUUCAUUUGUGUUGUAUUAGUUAAAAUUUUAUUUAUUUUUGAUACAAGUCGCGAAUAUGGCCACUUGGGCUUAUCAAUCAACUAGUAUAUUACAUACAAGUGUGUACUAGAUUUUUGUUCCGUGAUUUCUUUACAUAUUGAAUAUUAUAUAUGUUUUAAAACGACUUUAUUGAGGCCUAUGCACAUUACGAUAGAGGUAUGAUAUUUACGUGAAUAUAGUAUAAUAUUUUAUAUAGUAUUUUUCCCCUUGCACUAAUUUAUGUGCUUUGAUGUGAAUUAAAAGUGUACUUUGUCAUCUUUUGUCUGGCAGAAAUAUGUAGCAAUGACUUCUAUACUUUUUACAAAUUUUUGUUUUGUUUCCAUUUUUUUUAUUUUUUUUUUUUAUAUAUAUAUUUUGUUACAGUUUAGUUAUGUUGUUUGAAAUAUUAAUAUCAAUAUGUGAUUGUGUUAUAACUGAAAGUUUUGAUGUGCAUAGGCUUUAUUCAUAUGUAGCCGUGUAGAAUUUACAAUAAUUUCAUAUUUUGUCUAAUUAUGAAUAUGACGCAUUGAUAUGAGGGUCUGCGCUGUUGAAGGACGAUACACAACGUAGUUUAUGUCCAAAUAGAAAGUUUGUCGGCUAAAAAGCCGUACAGGUCAUAGAAUCAUUUCGAAAUUCCAUUACUGUAGUUACUCGGCGCGCUAAGCUUUAUAUCUGAAUGGAAAUCUAAAAGAAGCCAUCAGAUAAAAUUACAUGUUAACAUGUUUUUAAUGGGUGAUAAUGGAAUGGUAACACCACCCGCGCUAUCGAUAUACACCGGCGGGGCACCAGUGAAGGAUGAUAAGUGAGCAUGAAGCAGGUCAGUUAGCCCAUCGUGACGAAUUCAACAAGAAUUGUUCACGAUGGUUUCCAGGGGGAACCACGUGGAGGUCGACCUAAUAAGGCAUACUGCUAACAAUGGGUCUGUCAAACUCCAUUGCUAACAAUCCCUUUCCCCCCAAUUACAUGUUAACAUGUAACGUGAUUGAUCUCUAACAAAGUGUUAUAUUAAUAAUUGCACAGAAACACCGCAACACCAACCCGUUUAUAUUCUGUGGUUAAAUAUUGUUAAAUCCAAUUUUGGUGUAUUAAGUUGGACAUAGUUGAAUAUGAUUGAGUACUAAGUGGUUAACGAUUAUUGUAUAAAUUUAAAUAGUUAUAAUAUAAAGGGCGGUCAUAUUGGCUCGAGCCCUUCCAGCCUGUAUUUGAUUUACAUACACAAAUAAACUUAAUGCCAAUAGUAAAA